GAAUGAAGAUUGCCAACGGUGCUUAAUAGCGCUCCUUCCACGCACUAGCCAAGCAUCGCUUUCGAGGAAGUCGUGUUCUUUCCCAGGGAGUCCGCCAUUGUUGGCGCACGUAUAUUUCUGACCAGGCCAACAAACAUCGAAUAACAUCCAAGAUGGUGAACUUUACAGUAGAUGAGAUCCGUGCUAUGAUGGACAAAAAAAGGAAUAUCAGAAACAUGUCAGUCAUUGCUCAUGUUGAUCAUGGAAAGUCAACUUUGACUGACUCCCUUGUAUCUAAAGCUGGCAUCAUUGCUGGUGCUAAAGCUGGUGAGACCCGAUUCACAGACACUCGUAAGGAUGAACAAGAACGCUGUAUCACUAUAAAAUCAACUGCAAUCUCUAUGUACUUUGAACUUGAAGAGAAAGAUAUGGUUUUCAUAAAAAGUCCUGACCAACGCGACAAAUCAGAAAAGGGAUUCCUUAUUAAUUUGAUUGAUUCACCUGGACACGUUGAUUUCUCUAGCGAAGUUACUGCUGCCUUGCGAGUAACUGACGGAGCUCUUGUUGUUGUGGACUGUGUUUCUGGUGUCUGUGUGCAAACUGAAACAGUUCUUCGGCAAGCUAUUGCAGAACGUAUUAAGCCUGUUUUAUUCAUGAAUAAAAUGGACCGUGCUUUACUUGAACUGCAACUUGAUAGUGAAGAUCUCUACCAAACUUUCCAACGUAUUGUAGAAAACGUCAAUGUGAUCAUCGCCACGUAUUCUGAUGAUGAUGGUCCAAUGGGUGAAGUCCGAGUGGAUCCAAGCAAGGGCUCUGUAGGUUUUGGUUCUGGCCUUCAUGGUUGGGCCUUCACUUUGAAGCAAUUUUCUGAAAUGUAUGCUGAAAAAUUCAAGAUAGACGUUGCGAAACUGAUGAACAGACUGUGGGGAGAAUCAUUUUUCAAUCCCAAAACAAAGAAGUGGAGUAAGCAAAAGGAGGCAGACAAUAAACGUUCCUUCUGCAUGUAUGUUCUUGAUCCCAUUUACAAGGUUUUCGACUGUAUCAUGAAUUACAAGAAGGAUGAAGCAGAGACACUUCUUCAAAAAUUGGGGAUCACUCUGAAGCCAGAAGACAAGGAUAAGGAUGGCAAAGCUCUUCUUAAGGUUGUCAUGAGAACUUGGCUGCCUGCCGGAGAAGCUUUACUUCAAAUGAUUGCCAUUCAUUUACCAUCUCCCGUUACAGCACAAAAAUAUCGUAUGGAAAUGCUGUACGAAGGACCUCACGACGAUGAAGCAGCCAUUGGUAUUAAGACUUGUGAUCCCAAUGGACCUUUGAUGAUGUACGUGUCGAAAAUGGUACCGACAUCUGACAAAGGGCGUUUCUAUGCUUUCGGUCGUGUAUUCUCAGGAAAGGUAUGUACUGGAAUGAAAGCACGUAUCAUGGGCCCGAAUUUCCAACCUGGAAAGAAAGAAGAUCUUUAUGAAAAGGCAAUUCAACGUACAAUUUUGAUGAUGGGUCGUUACGUAGAGGCCAUUGAGGAUGUGCCUUCUGGUAACAUUUGUGGUCUUGUUGGCGUUGAUCAGUUUUUAGUAAAGACUGGUACCAUCACCACGUUUAAAGAUGCUCACAACAUGAAAGUUAUGAAGUUCUCCGUGUCGCCUGUCGUGCGUGUGGCCGUUGAACCUAAAAACCCGGCUGAUUUACCAAAACUUGUAGAAGGUUUGAAGCGUUUGGCCAAGUCCGAUCCUAUGGUACAGUGCAUCAUUGAAGAGUCUGGAGAACAUAUUAUCGCAGGAGCUGGAGAAUUGCAUUUGGAAAUUUGUCUUAAGGAUCUCGAAGAAGAUCACGCAUGUAUCCCCAUCAAGAAAUCAGACCCAGUUGUAUCCUAUAGAGAAACAGUUUCCGAGGAAUCCAAUCAGAUGUGUCUAUCUAAAUCUCCGAACAAGCACAAUCGUCUCUUUAUGAGAGCUCAACCUAUGCCUGAUGGUCUUGCUGAAGAUAUUGAUAGUGGAGAAGUCAGUGCCAGAGAUGAUUUCAAAUCCCGCGCUCGUUAUUUGAGUGACAAGUACGACUAUGAUGUAACUGAGGCCCGAAAAAUCUGGUGCUUUGGACCUGACGGAACUGGUCCCAAUAUUCUUGUCGACUGCACAAAAGGAGUACAAUAUCUUAAUGAAAUCAAAGAUUCCGUUGUUGCUGGUUUUCAAUGGGCUUCGAAAGAGGGUGUCCUUUCGGAAGAGAACUUGAGAGGUGUACGUUUCAAUAUUUACGAUGUAACGCUACACGCUGACGCUAUUCACAGAGGAGGUGGUCAAAUAAUCCCUACAACGAGACGUUGUUUGUAUGCCUGUCUAAUCACUGCUGCUCCACGAGUUAUGGAGCCUGUCUAUCUUUGCGAAAUUCAGUGUCCCGAAAUCGCAGUCGGUGGUAUUUACAGUGUACUCAAUCAAAGACGUGGUCAUGUUUUUGAAGCGCAACAGGUUGCAGGAACUCCAAUGUUUGUCGUUAGAGCAAAUUUGCCUGUAAAUGAAUCCUUUGGAUUUACUGCCGAUUUACGUUCCAACACUGGAGGACAGGCCUUCCCGCAGUGUGUAUUUGAUCACUGGCAGGUUCUUCCUGGGGAUCCAUUUGAACCCGGCACUCGCCCGUACACAGUUGUUCAGGACACCCGUAAAAGGAAGGGAAUGAAAGAAGGUCUUCCCGACUUAGCUUCAUAUCUCGACAAAUUGUAACCGUCAUGGGUCUGGUUUUGGGCGCUAUAUUUAAAUAUCUAUUUAAAUAUUGUACUUCAAUUAAUAUCACUGGAGCAGUAUAAACCUACCAUCAGUCGUUUAUCAACUCUGUUUUCCGUAAAGUCCCAUGAACAAUAAAGUAUAAAUAUAAAACAAAAGUCGCAGUUGUAUCCAACAAGAUCAUACAAAUAGUAUGAGAAAAUUUGUCUGCAUCAACUGACAUAUUAUGUUGCUAAAUGGACUUUCAAUUAUUAUAAUUUUAUAAAGGCAACAUGUCGAUACCUGUUAAAAGUUAUGUCCUUAGGUCAUUCGUAUGGCUCUUAAAGUCUAUUCGAUUAAUAGAAAUAUAGCUCGCAAUUUUUUACAGUUUUUCUAAUCGUAUUUUUUUUCUUUAACAUUUUUUUUAUGGAAUCGACAAAUGAAACAUUGGACAUGGUUACUUUAACGCCCACAGUCUUAUAAAACGUAAUGUAUUUACUUCGCUACAUAGGUAUAUGAAUGGAAGGGGGGGGAAGCACUCACACGAUGAAUUUAAUGGGCAUAUAGACAAAGUUUAGUGUAAAAUGAAAAUAAACAAGAAAAACAA